AUGCACCCCGACGAUCUGGCAGAUCCGCCUCCGGCUUCCAUCCUCCUCGACCCGCGCGGCUACAUCGACGACAUCACCACCGCCACCACCGCCGAGGGCGUCACAAGCGGCGGCAAGCGCAUCAAGGUAACCUUCUGGACGGCCCACCCGCCGCGCUGCUCCUGCUUCACGGUCCACAGCCCUGAUCUAGAGAGCUCCGCGUUCGGCGGCAUCCCCGUGGUCCUCAGCACGGAGGACGACCUCGCCUUGCUUCGCGUCCCGAUCUGUCCUCUGGGCGACGACGGUGUCGCGUGCAACAACGACCACUUCGUCUACCAGGCCGCCGGCGACGACGAGAACAAGCGGCCUCCGUCGCUGGAUUUGAUCCCCAGGGCUCCCGGCCGAGUCUUCGUCGACGAGGACGCUGGCCUCCUGCGCUGCCGUGCUCGUGCUCGCGACAUGUAUUUCGUUGCUGUGCUCUGCUGGGCAUACCGCGUGGGACAGUACAAACUGCACCUCUACAGCUCCAGGACGGAGACAUGGAGCACCAGGUUGAUGUGCCUUGCUUCAGCAGAAGAGAAAUUGCUCUACACCUACUCCAGCAAGGAGGAGGUUGCAGAAACCAAAGAGCAGCUGCCAACCUUGAAGGGAUUCUACUCAGGUUAUCCAGCCCUGAGCUUGCACGAUGGUGGUGUUGUUUACAUCAUGGACAGACACAACCUCGAUGACACAAAGGUAACAAUGGUUGCUGUUGAUAUGAGGAAACAGACUCUGAAGGGUGUGGCUGAUUGUUACUCUCCGAGGCGGCUGGGUUACAGUUCCGUCUACUUUGGAUCGAAAUGGUAUCUCCAAACAUCUCCGCAGCAGGACAUCCACCAGAGGGAAUGCUGCUACUAA